AUGAGUAAAAAUGGAUUGUUUACCACAGCACUAAAAAGACUUGUUAAUGAAGAAAAACUACUAAAAGAAGAAACAGAAAAUAUUUUUUUAGCAUUUCCUAGAGAAGUAGAAGGAAAUAUUUUUUAUAAAACAUGGGAUAUUUAUUUCCGUCUUCCUUCUGAUAACUCAUUGUACAAAAAUAAAAUAAUAGAAGCAGAAAUGACAUUUCCUCAAGAUUAUCCACUUAGACCACCCAAGUUUGUGUUUAAGACUAAAAUGUUCCAUCCGAAUAUUUAUGAAGAUGGUAAAGUUUGUAUUAGUAUUUUAGAGGAGGAUAACCCUGGUCCUCUUGGAUGUGGAGAUUCUGAAUCUAGGUGGACGCCAGUACAGAAUAUUAGGAUUGUAUGUUUGUCAAUUGUCAUUUUACUUGAUAAUCCAAAUCCCGAUUCACCGGCAAAUGUAGAUGCUGCAAAGAUGUUUAGAGUUGAUCCCAAUGGUGAAUAUAAAAAAAUAGUAACAGAUCUUAUUCAAAGUGAGAAUAAGAAGAUGCUAAAGAAACGUAAAAUAAAAGAAAUAUUAAAAAUGUUUUAA